ACUGUUUUCCGAUUUCUGGCCAAGAACUUAACUUCUUUUGUGUGUGUUCUUUGUUCAUGGUGCGUGAACUCCAGGAGGCAAGAAGGGAACCCUUUGGACCUGAACAACUUGCCGGAGGAGUACGGCAAGCAAGCGGUGGAGAGCUCCACGACCACCGCCACAUCAAGCGUCGAUGCAGUUCGGAUCAAGAAGAAGAGCGGUGGAGGGAAGGAUGAUGCUGCCAAGGUGUACGAAUGCCGUUUUUGCUCCCUCAAGUUCUGCAAGUCUCAAGCGCUUGGCGGCCACAUGAACCGGCAUCGGCAAGAGAGGGAGACUGAAACCCUCAACCGUGCCCGGCAACUCGUCUUCGGCAACGAGAGCCUCGCCGCCGUUGGCGUGAGUUUCAGGGAUGUCAAUAUGGGAGGCACCGCCCCAGCGGCCAUGCUAGGAGGAGGCUUCCGGGGAGGCGCCACCGGCGGCGGCGGCGGCAUCGGCGAGCCGUGCCUCCCGUUCCGGCAGGUGCACCCGCGGCUGUCGCCGCCGCCGCCGUACCAUUACCUCUACACGGCGCCGUCCACACUGCACCCGAUGAGCUACCCGGCGACGUACCCGGGCCCUCCGCGCCAGCCUGCGGUCGGCGACUACGUCAUCGGCCACGCAGUCACCGCCGGCGACACACUGCUGCAGCCGCCGCCACACCGCGGCAGCAGCUUCUCCUGCUUCGGAGCUCCACUCACCGCGCCGCCGGCAGCAACGGCGGCGCCGCCGGCUGCAGCGAACGUGCAGGCCGACAAAGUUAACUGCAACUGCAGCUUCGGCUGCAGCGGCCACAGCAGAAAUAAUAAUGUGAACGCCUCCUCUUGAGCAGACUCGACCGUACGUGGUUAAUGCAGCUGAGCUAAGUUAGUGUAAAGAGCCAAGAAAUUAAGUUAGGAAGCUUGUUUUGAACACUAAAGGGAGAAGUGUUCUCAGAUUCUACUUCUAAGUAUAUUUCUGCACUGGAUCA